CCGCAAUCCACCGAACCCCAGAGUCACCAGCAUCAUAUUGCAUCCAUCUAUCUGCUGUCUAUCUAGCCGAUUGUCCUUUGGAUGUUGGCUAUGGCAUCUACUUUCGUUCAGAAUUAAAUUUGUCUUCAAACUCUCAUUUCCUUCCGAGAGGUAGAUCUCUUUGUUGCCGCGGCCCUGUGCCGCUCUAUCGGACACCAUGACCUUCAAAGCCCCGAUUGCCAGGCCUAAUCUCGCGGCGGCGGUAUCGGAUGUUUGGUCUUCUAUGUCGAAACGCUUGAUUGCGCCUGGCUCCCUUGGAGCUUUGGAGAAGGGCGUUGGCCACCGGUCUAUUCCGCAUGGAUGGUCGCGCUCAUUAUUCAAUGGAAACUCGCCCGCUCGCUCCCAUUCUACAACAUCUGUACUUGGUCUAAACUGUCUCCGUCAAGCUCCCAAGCCUAGCGGUCUCUCACGGAUACAACAGCAACGGUUUCUGUUCGGAGGACCAUCGCAUAACCUGCUGGCGCAGAAGGAGAAGACUGCGAACAACAAUCCCAACAGUGCCAAUGCUCAGAAUGCUUUCUACCAGUCCCUGCUUCAGGCUAACAUGUCUGCCAUUAUCGUCGAACGCCAUCGAACCGGUCAUUUUGCCAGCAACCAACUGACGGAGGCCAUCUACUUGAAGGCUCUGCAAAAUGUCGGGGGAGCUGACCCGGUAAUGCCAGCAGCAGCAGCAGCAGCAGCACAGUCCCAGGUUCAAAACCAGCAUCUCCGUCCGGAACAGCUCCAGGCCGUUGGGCAAGCAAUUGCAGCGCGAAACCACGGCGGACAAACUGGAAUGGCUACUAUGCAAACCGGUACUGGCGCCAAGGAGGCACCUUUGCACGUCGUCGUUGAGGAGUCCUUGGGAAGCGCAGUGUUCCGGUGGAUCAAGUUUCUGCUCUACUUCGGUUUUUUCACGUACAUUUCUCUCGUCCUGGUUACCAUUCUUGUCGAAACCACCGGUGUCCUGAAGAAUAUGAAAGGUCCACAGAACAACGAAGCUCAGGCCCAGCAGCAAACCGCUCGCUUCAGCGAUGUGCACGGAUGCGAUGAGGCCAAAGAUGAACUUCAGGAACUUGUGGAAUUUCUCUUGAACCCCGAUCGGUUUUCAUCGCUCGGUGGCAAGUUGCCCAAGGGUGUUCUUCUUGUCGGUCCCCCUGGUACCGGAAAGACGCUUUUGGCUCGUGCUGUCGCUGGUGAAGCCGGUGUUCCUUUCUUCUACAUGUCUGGCUCUGAAUUUGAUGAAGUGUAUGUUGGUGUCGGUGCCAAGCGUGUCCGUGAGCUCUUCGCCCAGGCCCGAGGCAAGUCGCCAGCUAUCAUUUUCAUUGAUGAAUUGGAUGCAAUUGGUGCAAAGAGAAAUGAAAGAGAUGCGGCCUACGUGAAGCAAACAUUGAACCAGCUCCUUACCGAGCUCGACGGAUUCUCGCAGACUAGCGGUGUUAUCAUCAUCGGUGCCACUAACUACCCUCAAUUGCUUGAUAAGGCCUUGACUCGACCUGGUCGAUUUGACCGAAAGGUUGUUGUUGGUCUUCCAGAUGUUCGCGGCCGUAUGGAUAUCCUGAAACACAAGAUGAAAGAUGUCCCGAUUUCCACGGAUGUAGAUAUUGGGGUGAUUGCGCGUGGCACGCCCGGUUUCUCUGGAGCGGACUUGGAAAACCUUGUCAACCAGGCUGCUAUUCAUGCUAGUCGGGAGCGUUUGACCAAGGUCGGACCUAAGGACUUUGACUACGCCAAGGACAAGAUCAUUAUGGGCGCAGAGUCUCGCAGCCGUAUGAUCCAGGAGAAGGACAAGCUUUUGACUGCGUACCACGAGGCGGGACAUGCCCUCGUUGCGUACUUCUCGCCGUCUUCUACCCCGCUGUACAAGAUCACCAUUGUUCCCCGAGGAAUGGCACUGGGUGUGACACACUUCCUGCCCGAGAUGGACAUGGUUUCUCGAAACUACACCGAGUACCUGUCUGACAUCGACGUCUCCAUGGGUGGCAAGGCCGCCGAGGAGCUUAUUUAUGGACACGACAAGGUCACAAGCGGCAUCUCCGCGGACAUCCAAUCGGCCACUGAAACUGCCUUUACACUUGUCACCCGCUUCGGAUACUCGAAGAAACUUGGUAACGUCGACCUCUCCACCAAUUACGACAGCCUGUCUUCGGAAACCAAGCAAGAAAUCGAAUCGGAAGUACGACGACUCGUCGAAGAAGCCCGGGCUCGCGCCACCAAUAUCCUCACGGAAAAGAAGCACGAACUAGAACUUCUGACCAAGGCAUUGAUUGAAUACGAGACAUUAACCAAGGACGAGAUGGAAAAGGUAUUGCGAGGCGAGAAGCUCGAAAAGCUCGAGUCUGCCCCAGCCGCACCCCUCAAAUUACCCGAUGCCCUGCAGACAGUCGACUUUAGCCCCAGCCAUUCCGCCAGACAAUCCGAUGCUGACGAACCUCGGACGUCGGCGGAAUAAUCGACUUCCAUCAAUUGCAUCAAUCCAUCCAUCCUCCGCUCCUCCCCCUCUUAUUCUUUUUAUCUCUUUGUCUUUUUUUGCUCUGGCUAGGUUUUCGACCAAGACCUUUUGAACCGUUUAUUUUAGGUUAUGUAAUUGCGGUUCGGCUUUUGUUUUUUUUGUUAUUACCAACAUGAGAUUUCCAAGCAUUAUGGCAUAUUAUCGAUAUUUGGGGAACAAGUUGAAGAUUUGUACUGUAUUGUAUUGUACAUACAUGAGUCUCGGUGAGAAUCCAGUAUGCAGAAUUUACUGAUUGAACAGUAUUGUUAGACAUAUUGUUAGACACCGCGCUAAGGAGUAGUGCCGCGUGAAGAUAUUGUACACAAAAAAACCAAGAACAAUCAUCAUAAUCGUAAAGG